AUGAUGUCAAUGCGAACGCGACGGGACCACCUAUGUUCCUCUUCCCUCAUUCCCACAUCUGUCUGUCGCUCCCAACCCUAUUCUCUCCGAAGCUGCCACCGAACCUGCCGCCGUCGCCGCCGAUGCUGCCGGCUUUAUCAUCGCGCUCCCCACGCUUCUGGUGCUGUCCCUGCGCGCGCCAAUUCCUUUCCGCGCGCCACUUUCCUUCCGCGCGCCAUUCCGCUCUCCUCUCCCCGCUGCUCGCGCGCACCCGUCGCUUCCUUCCGCCGCGCGCUAGCAGCUCUCCUCCCGCUCGUCCUGCUGACAUCGACUCUCACAAUCACUAAUCCCCCUUGCCACGUGGCCCUCGCUGCCACUCUCGACGUGAUGACGCCGAAGGGCGGCUGUCUGACAUCACGCUGCGUCAGCUACACCAAGGGCAGGUGGCUUUUGCCGUCGGGUACGGCGUCGACAAUUAUCAGCGCGAAUGGCAACAUGAACUACGAGCGGUACAAGCUCAUAGACAGCACCACCGUGAUACUAAAGACCACGGCCACAAACGAGAACGGCUGCUGCCAAACGUGCGCGCAAGCCGACAAAUGCGUCUUUUUCCACUACCAGCCGCCAACCGUUGCCGGCACCGCCGGGACCUGCAGGCUGCUACCCAGCCUGACCAAAUUCACUGUGGACAACACUAUAAGGAGCGUCGCGCCGUCUUAUAUCGGGGGCAGCUGCAACCCUCUCGCGACCGGGUAUGAGGAUCCGAGGCUGGUGGUUGGUGGGAGAAGAGGAGGGUGGAGACGACAUAAGCUGCCCAUACGGUCCUGGAUCAGGGAGCUCUACAUGACGUGGCGAGAUCCCAUUGGCCGGAAGCACUCAGUGUUCCUGAAAGCACGGGAUGGCAGGGAGCAGCGGCGGGGGGAGAGGGGAUUCAUUCAGAGGAUGGAGAUGGAUGGGCGAUCAACAACCCCUCCUACCAAGAUGGGUGAGGCAGUGCAAGGGGAAGGGUCCUUUCACAUGGUGCUUCUAUCAGCAGCGCCCAUGGGGGAUGGCAGGGACAGCGACACAUACCGCGUGCACGUGGGGGGAGUAGCAAGCAUGGAGCUCGCCUUGCAUGCCGCACACCCACUGCUGCAGACACCGGACGAGGCACACAUACACUUCAACGUCUAUAUCAAGUACCUCAAUAACACAGAGGCAGUGCAUGGUGUACUCGGGCAGACUUUUCGAGGGGAAAUUACCCGGGCGAAACGCGCAGAGGAGUAUGGGUUGCUGACUAGGCUGCUGAGAGCGCCAAUUCAGGCUGAUGGGGAGACGGGGCGAGGCUUUCUGGAUGGUGACGUGGAGGAUUAUGCCACGUCAGCGAUUGAUGCUGCUGACUGUGCGUUUGCCACGGCAUGGAAUGAGGCUUGGAAGAAGGUUCGGGAGGAGCAGGAGGGUACUGUAGUGGCUGAGGAGGAGGCUCGCGGGGAGGUUGGGGAGGCUCAGGAGGAGGCUUGGGAAGAGGUUCGGCGAGAAAACGUGGCGAAUUUGCCAGAGGAGAGUAGAAUUCAGGGGUCUGAAGAAUAUAGAGAGGAAGGAGAUGCAGGGAGAAGGGUAGGAGGGAAUGGGGAGAAGAGGAAGCAGCAGCAGGAUUAUUUGACUGGCGGGGAGAUGGAGGAAGAGGGAGAUUUUAAGGAUGACAUUAGGAAGAAUGGCAGUGGCGAGAUGGCAGCUGACAGAGAACAACUGGUUUAUGAAAUAUUCCAAUAA